GCCUGCAGCACCCAGCCCGGCAGCCAGGAGACCCCAUUGCUCCCACCCACCCAGCGGUGACAGCCCGGCCGGGCCCACGCCACCUCACCCAUGGGGAACAGCAAGAGUGGGGCCCUGUCCAAGGAGAUCCUGGAGGAGCUGCAGCUGAACACCAAGUUCACGGAGGAGGAGCUGAGCACCUGGUACCAGUCCUUCCUGAAGGAGUGCCCCAGCGGCCGGAUCACCCGGCAGGAGUUCCAGACCAUCUACUCCAAGUUCUUCCCCGAGGCCGACCCCAAAGCCUAUGCCCAGCACGUGUUCCGCAGCUUCGAUGCCAACAGUGAUGGCACCUUGGACUUCAAGGAGUACGUCAUUGCCCUGCACAUGACCAGCGCGGGCAAGACCAACCAGAAGCUGGAGUGGGCCUUCUCCCUCUAUGACGUGGACGGCAAUGGGACCAUCAGCAAGAACGAGGUGCUGGAGAUUGUCACGGCUAUCUUCAAAAUGAUCAGUCCUGAGGAUGCAAAGCGUCUCCCAGAAGAUGAGAACACUCCGGAGAAGCGAGCAGAGAAGAUCUGGGGGUUCUUUGGCAAGAAGGAUGAUGAUAAACUUACAGAGAAAGACUUCAUUGAAGGGACCCUGGCCAAUAAGGAUAUUCUGCGACUGAUUCAAUUCGAGCCUCAAAAAGUGAAGGAGAAACUGAAGGAAAAGAAACCCUGAUGUCAACUGCUCAGGUCUCCUCCCUGCCCACCCCUCUCAAAUAAACACGCAUGUGCACACAUGUGCACGCACACACACACAAACACAAACACACACCGCCCCCGGGGCCGGGAGGGCCUCCAACCCACAGUACAUUAAACCCUCCUGCACACCUCCCUGCCAAACGGAAGUGUCGUUAAGCAUUCACCAAGUCCCGCCCACUCCACUGCCCGCCUCCCCUCCCCCUAGCCCGCCAGCCCAGGCCUCCGUAGUAAUUCCAGGAUUAGGUCACAGGAGCCCUAAAUAUAGGUCACUGGAGGCCUAAAUAUCCCCGCCCCAUGAAAGCUCCUUUGUGGAUUGUUGGGUAAGCAGGUUCCAAUAAAUGCAAGAGGAGCCGGGCA